CGCUCUUUGGAGGCGCUCUCAUUCCUCGGAACCUGUAUACCCUCUAAGCCUAAGCUUCUCGGAGACCUCAGAACGCGCGCCAAGCCGGUCGCCUAGGACUGACCUUCUUAGUAUAUGGACUCAUGUCGGCCGACCCGCUCAUAGUGCCUACCAUUGUCCCUGGAGGCUCGCUGCAUUUUGCGACCAUCCCGGCAAACGGAACGGUACAAGAGGUACUCGAUACGCUCAUCGCGGAUGCGGAUGCCGUCGCGGAGGUACUUGGGAACCUCGAGCCGUACGGCUGGGCCGUGCAGCGCAUCCGUAGAGAGCCCAAUGGACGACAAUGGGAAGAGGAUGAGCUCGAAGCUCUUGGGAACGGCAUCCUACCUCCGUCUACAGCCGUUGCGCCGCUGCUAAACGCGCCUGCGCCCGCCGCAAGAUCCCAAAGGCACUUCUCCGCAUUCCCGCUUACAUCGCACCUACACACACCUACGCUCCGCCUCGUCUCAUUGCACCCCUUCUUGGCCGUCUCGGUCUCGUUCCUACGCGUGCCCGAGAUCCACGAUGGGUACCUUUGGAAACUAUUCAUCUCGAGAUCGAGCACCGCGCGCAAUGCUGUCGACACGGUGAUCGACGAGCUCGGUCUGACCAAGGCCCUCCCUAUACCCGGAGGCGGCGCCCUUGAAUAUGUCCUCGAAGAGGUCUGGGCCUCCGGCCACAGUGAAAAGGCGACCCGAAUACCUUUCGAGACCGUCUUGUCCGAAGUCCUCGAGAAUCCUCUGUCUACAAACCCCUAUGGUUCCUCCGCUAGCCGGUCCUUCCGCUUCUGUGUUCCUGACGAAUGGUAUCGUCGAUCUAAAUCAAGGAGCACGUCUUCAACAUCCACAGAUGUUUCCGAGGAUACCAUUCGGAGACUUGCGGAUCUGCAAGAAGACGAAGAAGACGAAGAGGAGGGAGGAGACGGGACGGCCAAGCAGAAAUCUCUGGAGAUGGCAAGUUCUCCAGAUACUGCCCGUGGGUUUAUGGCACCUAUGGAUUGGCGCGGCUCGAUCUCGCAGAACCGAUUCUCUAGCAUACUGGACGGCUGGAUGCGCCCACAGAGCCCGGUGUCCGAGGAGCGGACGACGCCAGAGCGCAAGAUCGUAAGUGAGCCCAAACUCGUGGAGCACAAGACGGGCGACAAUACUGCGAGCAGCCCUGCCGUCGAGCCUUCCACCAGUGGAGUUGACCCUGCAGAGUUCGAGCGUAUGCUUGACGACUUGGGGCUCAAGGGCCCUAAACGAGAAGCUAUGUACCGCCUGCCCCCGGAGCAAAAGCGGUACCUGCUCGAACAGAACCAGGUGUCUCGCGCUUCGACUCUGUCUAGGAGUGCCGGUGCUAAGGCUAGCAAGUCUUCCGCUGCACCGUCAACUUACGGCCCUGCUAGCGCUGCAGCCAUGCUGCCCCGUCUCGUGCCCCAACUUACUGGCGAUUCUGGCAUUAUGAAGCGGUUUUCCAUCGCGGGAUGGAGUACCGGGUCAGUAUCUCCUCCCAGCGGCCCGCCAGAUUCUCCUCGCUCCAGCGUUGAUCUAGGGAGCAAACGAAGAGAUUCUAUAGUCUCACUCAAAUCCCCUGCGGAGAAGGCCGUGGAGCCCGCCCCUCUUCUACCUCAGUCCACCGGCAGUAUGUGGACCAGUUGGUGGGCAUCCUCUGGCGGAGAGAAGGGGGCGGCCGGAGACAGGUCAAGGGAAGCUGAGAAGACGGCCGGUUGGUACGCCUCCGGGAUACGCAACGGGCGCACAACGGACACCAAACUUGUCAAGCAUCUGAUCUCACUUCGUGUUCAUUUGUCUACGGCCAACCUUGCGUGGAUAGAGGAGUUCGUUACGACGGAAUCUGGUAUGAACAUCCUUAGCGACUUGCUGGCACGGUUGGUCAGCAAAGGAGGUAAACGCAAGAAGCUGACGGACAUCGAGGACACCGUUUUACUCGAGACGAUCAAGUGUCUCCGUGCGCUUCUGAACACAGAGCCCGGCUUUCGGGAAGUCCUCUCCCAUCCGACGCUCAUCACGCAUAUUUCCUACGCCCUGCACGGAUCCUCAGUCAAGCUGCGAACGUUGACGUCGGAGGUCCUCGCAGCGAUUUGUGUAUUGUCACUGAAGGAAGGACACAAGGCCGUGCUUUCGGCCAUGUCCGACUACCGGGUCGAAUUCGAGGAAGCGUUCCGCUUUCAGGAGCUCAUCGCGUCAAUGCGUCUGCCCGAGAUAUCUGACGAAGACGAUGCUGUGAGCGAUGCUGGGUAUGGCACCGAGGACGAUGGCGCGUGGGAGGCUCGGACAGCUUCCAUGGCGCUCAUCAACGCGUUGACGAACUGCCCCGACUCACUCGAGGACCGCAUCCUACUACGAGAAGAGUUCAGCCGGAGAGGGUUGAACGAGGUCAUCGUGACGUUACGGUACAUCAAACCGCCCGAGUCCCUCGUAACUCAGCUCGACGUAUACACGGAAGAGAAGUUCGAGGAUGAGGAGGAUAUACGCGAGCGCGCAAGGGACGUCAUGGACAACCGUCGAUCCCGCACGGAGUCCGAAGCCGUGCUGGACGAUUUGCUACGGAUCGCCAAGCAGCAUGAAGAGUUGUAUCCGAUGAUGCUGGCCACGCUGAAGCGUUAUGGGGAUAUCUUUGAGAGGGAUAUGGACUCACAGCUGAAGGCGGAUUUGUUCUCUGUUCUCGACAAGUUUGUGGAACAGGCCGCACUUCUUGACGACUUCGACGAGAACUGGUGUGCCUUCCUACAGCGCUUCGCCGAGUCCGUGCAACAUGUCACCGGGCAGGUUGUCGACGUCAGGCUAGCUUCAGAUACGGAUCACUCUCUCUUGCAGGAGGAAAUUGACCACCUUCGUACGACUGUGGACAAACUCAGCGAUGAGCGCUCUCAACUCCGUAAUGAGCUCGAUCAGCAAGUUGCUGAGCUUAACACGUUGAAGUCAGUGCCCUCUGUGCCAGCCUCCAUCGGACGAGGCGCCGGUAGGGGAAAUCCUGAGUCUACUCAGAACUUCCACGGGCUCGUUCAGCGGCUCGUGCAGAAGGAGAAGCAGGUUCUUCAGCUACAGAAUGAGCUUGACCGCGUCAAGGCACAGAAUCCUACAGAGACACGAGAGAAUGACGACAAAGCGAAGCGCGAACGUGAUCGAGUCAAGUGGCAUGCGUUGAACGAGGAAAUCGCGAAUCUGAAGUCAUCGUCCGGAGACCUUGAGACAACGAUAGGCAUCAAGGAGAAGGAGAUCAUAUACCUCAAGCGCGCACUGGAGUCUGUCUACUCGCGCUUCCGUUCCCGCGAAGAGAGCAGGGAGUCCGAAACCCGCGAGGCCGACUUUGACGCACAGGCUAUGGCCAGCCGCGCGAUUGACAGCCUCACGCGGAAGGACGAGGAGAUAGCUGCCCUCCGCAGUGAGAUAGAGGAUUUGAAGGUCCAGCUCGCAGCAAAGCCUAAGUUCAUCACGGAGAAGGACUACAAGCAGAAGGUAGCUCCGCCACCACCGCCACCCGUGAAGCCUAUUCGUGCUACUACUCUUCCGCAACCGAUCAGUGGUCUGCCAAACGGUAGCAACUCCCUACCACCUCCACCUCCACCGCCACCGCCACCUCCGCCACCUCCCCCUCCUGCUCCGAGACCGCCGCCAUCACGCACAGUAUCGGUAGAGUCUCUGUCUCCUGAGCAUGUCCUCGCUUCACCGCCCCCUCCGCCCCCGCCUCCUCCACCACCUCCUCCACCACCUCCGCCCAUGUCGCCUUCUUCCGUGGCAUCCGGCCCUCCGCCACCACCACCGCCGCCACCGCCGCCACCUCCAGGGUCAGGUAUGGGUCCACCUCCUCCCCCGCCACCGCCACCGCUGCCUUCCAUGAACGGCUUUGGUGGCGGUCCUCCGCCGCCGCCACCACCACCUACUGCGUGGAGGGCUGGUCCACCGAAACCCGCUCGCCCAGUCAAGCGCCUGAAGCCGUUUUUCUGGAACAAGUUGAAUGCUCCGGCUUUGCCAUCAACAGUAUGGGGCGAGAUCCCACAGGAGGCGACUUUCGAUUUGGGAGAUCUGGAAUCAACGUUCGCUAUCGAGAAUGCGCCGUCGUCGAGUUCACAGCUGAGCGUCACUUCCCCGAAGAAACAUAAUGUGACAACAAUGUUGGAUAUCACUCGUGCCAACAACGUUGCCAUCAUGCUCUCCCGUGUCAAGCUUGGUCUAUCUGAGAUCAGGAAAGCGCUUUUAGAGCUGGACGACUCGAAGCUGUCUGUCGAUGAUUUGCGGGCGAUUAGCAGGCAGCUACCCACUGCCGAGGAGGUAACAAGGUUGAAGGACUUCGGUGACCUCAGCAAGCUCGCCAAGGCAGAUCAGUACUUCGGCCACAUCAUGACCAUACCGAGACUCUCCCAGCGGUUGGAGUGCAUGCUGUACCGGCGCAAACUCGAGUUGGAAAUUGAGGAGAUACGUCCGGACUUGGAUAUUGUUCAUCUAGCAUCGCGCGAGAUGCGAUCAUCCCCUCGGUUCAAGCGUGUACUACAGGCUGUUCUCGCUGUUGGCAACGCUCUGAAUAAUUCGACAUUCCGUGGAGGUGCCCGAGGCUUCCAAUUGGACGCAUUGCUGAAGUUGAAAGAGACAAGAACGGUCAAGGCGACUCCUGACUGCCCUACCCUGUUGCACUACCUGGCUAAGGUACUGUUGAGGAGCGAGCCCUCGACGAUCACAUUCAUUGAGGAUAUGCCGCACGUAGAGGCUGCAGCUCGAGUCUCCGUGCAAACUGUCGUACAGUCCGUGCAGUCGCUCGUGGGUGGCUUGAAACAAGUCAACGAGGAGAUCCAGGAGUUGCGGCGAGCGCAGCCCAUUCCCCAGGAUCGUUUCGUGGUAGUCAUGCAGCCUUUUGCCCUGCAAAUGAGUGCCGCUGUCGAGUCUCUCAAGAACAUGGCGACCCUCUUGGAAAGCGACCUACGAUCUCUGCUCGCCUUCUACGGGGAGACACCAGACUCUCCUGAGGCUCCUAAGCCCGAGGAUUUCUUCGGCCUCAUCCUGUCGUUUUCGUCGUCGUUGCAGAAGGCUGCGCUCGAAGUGCACAACGCUACGCCCAAGAUCGAGCCCCCGCCGACGCCCAAGAUCACUAUCGACGAGCCCUCAACACCGCCUGCAGAAUCGACAAUCAAGGGCAGCGACGCCCCAGCGCAGAACAACAACACGUUGCGGGCCAGUCGCUCAUUCGGCCGUGGCGACCUCGACCAAGCCAUCCGCAGCAUGCGGUCUGGGAAGCGGAGAGAGCGCGCCCCGCCGUCGCGGCCGCUCAGCAAGAUCUUCAUCGACGGCGCACGGUCGAGCCGCAUCUUCGAGUGAGCGCCCGGCGCGCGCACGACGUCCGCCCCAGAAUCGAGUACUGGCGUGUAUCUCAGGUAUAUUGUAGACUAUGCUGGAAGGGAAUUUGCUGUAUCUCUGCACCAAUCUAACGACUGUAAUGACUUAUACCUCGGCUUCUUCUGUUGCAAUCCAAUCACGAUGUCAUAGUAUGAUGUUGUUGAGAGGCGUGACUUUGUCGCAUCGCUCGACGCACUCCAGGAAGAACUUGAAGAAGCCGUCCACAUCCACUUUCUCCGCGACCAUGCAGUUCCUGCCAUUCCGUCCCCACGAGUCAUCGCACGCGCGGUAGUUCCACACGUCCACGACCGUCUCCCCAGCGGUGUGCGUACCACUGAGCUCGACGUCCACGCGGUAGCGGCGGCAUGUGAACAACUCCGGCGAAGCGACGUACGCGAUCGUGAGCGCGUCGUGUAGCGGCGGGCCGUCCGUGAAACCGAAGGUGGACUUGUAUGACUCCGUAAAAAAGUUGAUGAGCGUGGAGAGCAUAUAGCGGAGAUGCGUCGCGGGUGCGGGGAGCUCGCCGAAGGGCGAGAGGGGCGCGCGAGGGUCGAGCAGCGCGCUGUGGACCGCGUGUGUGACGAUUGCGGUGUGGGUGACGUUGAGCGGAAUCAUGGUCUUCUUGACGGGGAGGUCAAGGACUAUCUGUGCGGCCUCGGGAUCGCACAGAAUAUUGAACUCUGCCGAGGCUGAGCGGUUGCCGACGCCAACGCCACCUCCCAUGAAGACAAACUCCUCAAUGCAUUCUACUAGCUCAGGAUAGACACUGACGAAAAGCGCGAGGUUCGUCAUAGGGCCGGUCGACACUAUGGUGAGCUUUCUUCCGAUACCUCCCUUCCACUUCAUGUGGACAGCCUUAGCCAUUCCCUCCAAUGCACGAAUAGAUUCCCCAUUCGCGAUUAGCCGGGCGCGAACCUCAGGGCUGUUCGCAGGAGGCAGACCCUCGACGCCGCCUAGCCCAUCAAUCCCAUGGAUCUCGGGAUCGUGUCGCUCAGGCCGUAGGAGAGGCUUGCUCGCACCCGGGCAAACACGAAUGUGUUCGGCGGCGGCGAAUGCGUAGAGACACCGCGCUGCGUUGUUAUUAGUGUUUUCCACGCUCGCAUUCCCGUGCACAGUCGAUAUGCCCAAGAGAUGCACGUUCAAAGAAUGCAGUGACAACAAAAUGGCGGUAGCGUCAUCGUGUCCCGGGUCGCAGUCGAGCCAGAUACUCCUCAUGGUGGAUUGCAAGAUGCGAUUGGC